CUCUCAAACUCAAUUCAUCAUCGUCAUCAAACAAAUACAUUUGUCGUUACAAAAUAAGCCGGUUUUCAAACAUAACCCGAACCGAAAUUCCAACAACCUUAACAAAACAAACCAGAAAUGGAAGAAUCCGAUACCUCAAUAAUCAUAUCGGACCAGGUGACCGUUAACAAAACAACCACUCCGUUAACUCUAACAGCAGACGGCAAACUCCGGUGGACAGAUAGAGGUCAAAGAUGUUUGACCGUUGAAAAACAGGUCCUUGGAUUUGUAAUCGAAGGAACUAAAAUCAGAAUCAAAGCAAUUCUUGAUAAAGAGGAUGUAAUCUCCUGUGGUGGGACUACUGAUACUCUCAUCAGAAACGAUUUCGUGUUUCAACCUCAAAAUGAAGAAUCUCAGCGAGUUUUGUGUCACCAUUUACGUGAUUAUCUUGAUUCUUUAGCUAGGCCGAAGAGAUUGUUAAUAUUUGUGAAUCCGUUUGGAGGGAAGAAAUCUGCGUCGAAGAUAUUUGUUGAUGAUGUAAAGCCUUUACUUGAAGAUGCUGAUGUUCAAAUUACUGUGCAAGAAACUAAGCAUCAAUUACAUGCGAAGGAAGUGACUCGGGGCUUGGAUCUUUCUAAAUAUGAUGGGAUUGUUUGUGUUAGUGGAGACGGUGUUCUUGUUGAGGUAGUAAAUGGACUUUUAGCGAGAGAGGAUUGGAGAGACGCGAUAAAGAUGCCUCUUGGAAUGGUUCCUGCAGGUACGUCAAAUGGGAUGGCAAAAUCUCUUCUAGAUUCUGUUGGCGAACCUUGUAAAGCAUCCAAUGCCGUUCUUUCAAUAAUACGAGGUCAUAGGCGCUCGUUGGAUGUAGCCACUGUCUUGCAAGGAGAAACAAAAUUCUUCAGUGUCUUAAUGUUUUCAUGGGGUAUGAUAGCAGAUAUAGAUAUCGAGUCUGAAAAGUAUCGAUGGAUGGGAAGUGCUCGUAUGGAUUUCUAUGCUCUUCAAAGGAUAAUCCAUCUACGGCACUAUAAUGGUUGCAUUGCUUUUGUACCUGCACCUGGCUAUGAGUCAUAUGGGGAACCAAUCACUUAUAGUAGUGUAUCUCCUAGCAACUCGGAGCAGCCUCUUAAGAUUCAACAUGGUUACCCGGGGCCCGAUGUUGACUUAAAUAAUUUUGAUUGGAGAAUGAUUAGUGGGCCAUUUGUUUCAGUCUGGCUUCAUAAUGUACCUUGGGGUGGCGAGGAUGUCAUGGCCGCUCCUCAUGCAAAGUUUUCAGAUGGUUAUUUAGACCUGAUACUUAUGCAGGAUUGCCCGAAGCUGUCCUUGCUGGCAAUGAUGACAGGACUGAAAAAUGGAGAUCAUAUAAAAUCACCAUAUGUUAUUUACCUCAAGGUGAAAGCAUUCAUAUUGGAGCCGGGUCCACGUGUUGAUGAUCCAGCCAAGGGCGGGAUCAUAGACGUAGACGGUGAGGUCCUCUGCAGAGGGAAUGGAUCGUACAAAUGUGACCAGAAGACGCUGAUGAAUUACGACAAGCUUCAGUUAACGAUUGAUCAAGGUUUAGCUACUCUCUUUUCCCCGCUGUGACAUUAUAAAGGCAUCGCUUGUGGACCAGACAUCAUAGUUUUAUACUUUCAUUGAACUGUUGCCAUGAACCGCAGUUUUCGUUGGUAAUUUUUGUUUCAAUUUUUACAUGUACAUUAUGAUGAAAGGAAAAUAAUAUUGAGAUUUUAAGGAAACAACAUUCUUUAAUUGAUUGGUUGGUUAUUACUUA